AACCAGCUAAGCCAUGGGGCACAUGAGAACAUUUUUUUGUUUUAAAAUAUAAUUUGAUUUUGUCAACGCGGUCACGAGCAUAGGUCCUGGGAGAGUCGCGACACGGUUCUUUCUGGCCAACUACUCGCUGAUUUGGCUCUUUCCGCGACCAGCUAACAUGGCAUCAUUAGGGAAGAAACGCAAGUCCACGGGGGGAAUUGACGACGCGAAAACAAGACCGACGAAGCAGCCAAGAAAGACUUUGGACACGUUCUUUUCGACAGAGGUCCUUGCGUCGCCUAAGCCGAAGGAUGAGGAUGGUACUCGAGAGUAUGUAGGCCUCAAUAAGGAACAGGUAAGGGUACUGAGAAUGGUAGUUGAAGAGGAAAAGAGCGUGUUUUUCACUGGUUCCGCUGGUACCGGCAAGUCUUUGCUGCUGAGAGCAAUUAUCAAUGCUCUCCAUAAGAAACAUGCAAAGAAACCGGAUGUUAUCUCUGUGACCGCUAGCACUGGUAUGGCUGCAUCUAACAUCGGCGGCAUGACAAUACAUUCAUGGGGUGCCAUUACCCCCGGAAUGCACAACAUCGAGAAGCUGAUUAGCUACGUCAAGACGUGCAGGCCCGCCCAUCAGCGAUGGAAGAACACCAAAGUACUCAUCAUCGACGAAAUUUCUAUGGUCGAUGGAAAGCUGUUUGAUACGUUGGCCACAUUAGCCGACCGACUUCGCAAGAAGACAGAUAAGCCGUUUGGCGGAAUCCAACUCUUGGUGACAGGCGACUUCUUCCAACUUCCCCCCGUGACCCAAGCUAGGCAGGAACCCAUAUUCGCGUUCGAGAGCGCCGCAUGGGCAAAAUGCAUUGACCAUAUCGUCAUCCUCAAGGAAGUAUUCCGACAGAAGGAUAGCCACUUCGUUGACCUGCUCAACGAAAUGCGCAAGGGUACUAUCUCACAACAAGCGCGAGAAACAUUCAAGUCCCUCUCCCGCCCUUUGACCUUCAACGACGGACUUCUUCCGACAGAACUGUUCCCCCUACGAACUGAAGUGGAGAAAUCCAAUGCCUCCCGAUUAAAAUCGCUCACUGGCACAUCACAUUUCUUUGUUGCGCGAGAUUCGGGGUCUGCUCCUGAAGACAAGAAGAGGAGGCUACUCGAAAACAUGGUCGCUCAGGGAAAAUUGGAGCUGAAAAAGGACGCUCAGGUAAUGUUGAUUAAGAAUAUGGACGAGAACCUUGUGAAUGGGAGUGUGGGACGUGUCCUGGGAUUUUACACUAUGGCUCUGGCGAGUGCGAGUGUGUCCACACCUGUGCCAUCGUCUGCUGGCCCAAGCUCGAGUUCGAAACCCAAGUCCACUUCACAGGAAACAGCCGCCACCAGCAGUAGCAAAGCUACGACUGCAAUUCGGAACGUCCAGGUACUCGAAGACGGGCAUACACCGAUUGAAUUUUCCUCCAUCACCUCCCCCGAGAAAGAAAACGCUUCCCCCUCAAAUGGCACUCCAGGCAACGCUAAACCUAGAUCCAAAGCAGCAAAGGACGACGAGUUAUACCCUCUGGUUGAAUUCCUCACUCCUCAAGGGAAAGAGAUCGUCCUAAUCAUGCGAGACGAAUUCCGAGUAGAAGAUAACGAAGGCAAGUUACUUGCACGACGGGUACAAGUGCCGCUUGUUCUGGCAUGGGCGAUGAGUAUACACAAGAGUCAGGGCCAGACGAUUCAAAGGGUGAAGAUUGAUUUGGGAAGAGUGUUUGAGAAGGGUCAAAGUUAUGUUGCGCUUUCGAGGGCAGCGAGUUUGGAUGGGUUGCAGUUGUUGAGGUUUGACCCCACGAAGUCUUGGAUAGGUAGCAGCGCACCCGAAAGUUAUCAAAUGGUGCAGGGAACUCGAAGCGAAAGAGGCUGCUGAAGCUGCAGGAACGGCUGGACAAUGAACGUUUGAAAGUUGUGUCAACAUGGACGAUAGACGCAUUAGUUAUUUUAUUCUGUAUGUUAUUUGCUUCGAGGUAGACAUUGGCAAUAAAUGAAGUGUCACUGAACUUGAA